CCUGAGAGUUGCAUUUUAGCUCAGAAUUGUCACGGGUACAGAGGUGCAAAAAUUCUCAGAGGCAAAGUCUGCACCCUCUUCCUCCAGUGUGCACAUAGAACUUGUUGAUGCUUUUCAGGACGAUGUCCUAGCCCUACCAUGUUUUACUCCUUGGGGGAUAAUAUGUUCUCAUUUGUGAAUAGCAUCGGCUUAUCAGACCUCUAUAUAAGGACCAUUGUGUUAAGACCUUAGCUGACAUUUCUGAGUGGUUUGCCGGCUUAUAUUUAUGUUACUUCCCAUCUACCAGUAGCUUGCGGCAUUUAUAUUGGAUUAGAUGUUCUUUUGGUCUGGCAGUGAUAAACUGAGUAAUAACAGUCAGGACAGGAUGGCAUACUCAGAUGUGUACAUUUAAUUUUCUGUGAAAUAUUUACAGUUUUGGAACUGGUGGGCAGAGAAAAUAAGGCAGAUUUGACAUUCCAGUGCCACUCAAUAACUACAGAAAAUAAAUGCUAUUACUGCAUGCAAGUAGAAAGAAUUGAAUCUCUAUUGUCUGUGUGCUUUUUGUCAAACAAUUUGAAUGCCAAGAGAGUACUGUACAAUUAUAUCAACCAUCCCGCGCCAUUUGUAAAAGGGUGUGAUUUUUCAUGCUUCUUCAUGCCUGAAUAUAUUACGUGUGGAACACACAUACAGUGUGUUUGCUUUUAUUUUAUGACCUUCCAAAGGGUGAUGUGUAUAUUACCUGUUUAUACACCUUGGUAUUUAAACUGAAAAAAUCCGUUUUGUAACAUUGUUCAGGGAUACACUGUAAUAGCAGUGCUCUACCUGGGAUGUGUACCAACAAUGCCCUGAACCUGAUGGAGUCCAGUCCAGUUCCUUAACCUAUCCACACCAAUUACUCUCAAAAAGGCUACCUCAAACAGAUGUUGCUGAAUUAUGUACAUAGGCUAUUUGCUAGCCAUGCUUAGAUGUUUCCCAGUAAUGUGGGUUUAUGGCAUAAAUAGUGAGGGGGUACCAUGGAAGAAGUGGGCAUAUGCAACUCCUUAAUGGUGGUAGAUUGGUGGCACUCAGCAACCCUGUUCCCCACGAGGAAGGAAGCCUCAUCCACACCAGAGUGUGCUGCUAAUUUGUUGUGAAAAUUGGUCUAUAUUUAGACUGGACGAUUUGAUUUUGGAGCGUGGUUGGGACACAUUUCGCAGAAGGUCAUGAACGCCCACCUCCUGCCAUUUUACUUGUUCCCCCUGUUCCUACACUGUUCCCCCACAGCGGUCAGUCAUGGCCCAGAGCACUUUGAGAAAGACAAAGGCCAUGUCCAGUCAUACAGUACCAAGGACAUUAGGACAUUGUAGAUUCUUUGAAGGAGUGAGACCACAGAUAAAUUUAAACAAGAGCAAAAACCACGGGAUCCACAAACAGAUGGAGCAGGUCAUUUUGUGACCUGACCAUUUAUGUUUAUUUUUUCUUCAUUUCUGAGGGGAAUUAGGAAGGUUGUGGUAUGCGUGCCAGUCCCAGGGAGGGAAAAAGGGCCUUUAAUUGCUGUGGGUUAUUUAUGUGAUUAGGAAUGGUUAUGAUUUUUCAGUAAAUAGUGCAGUGCCCCACCAUGCUUCAAAUGAACAUUUCAAGCAUUCGUGUUUGGCUGCCAUCAAAUCUCAGCCCUGUUUGUUUUGGUUUGAUUCCGGACUUCUCUGACUAAGAACGGAUAUGAGCAUGUGUUUGUUUAUAGCAAUUAUAUUAUAAUUGACUGUUUCCUAGGAUCAUAUAAGCAACCCGAGGAGAGAGACUUGUGUUUUGUAUUCCCAUCAGUUUUUUCUCAGUCUUCUCUUCUUUCUUCGUCUCUCCCUCUCUGUAAAGUUGAUUGGUUGUCAAAUCGAUGCUAAACUCAAAUGCAGUGCCUGUUGAAUGUGGUCUCUUGUCCAGCUUUUCCCACAUCACCUGUAGGUCACUACUUAAUGAAGACUGAAACUUGGAAAUUAAGCCAGAGGUUCAGACGGUUCUGGAGCCUGUUUCACCCUUGGAUCUUCGUACGGAUGUGAGGAUGCUGGGCCCGGGGACAGACCCGAGCGUGUGGGAGAAGCAGCUACAGCAGGAGCUGCUCCUGAUCCAGAAGCAGCAGCAGAUCCAGAAACAGCUGCUCAUCACAGAGUUCCAGAAGCAGCAUGAGAACCUGACCCGACAACACCAGGCCCAGCUGCAGGAGCAUCUCAAGCUUCAGCAGGAGCUCCUGGUCAUGAAGCAGAAGCAGGAGCUGCUGGAGAAGGAGAGGAAGCUGGAGCAGCAGAGCCAGGAGCAGGAGCUGGAGAGACACCGCAGGGAGCAGCACAUCCUCAUCCUGAGGAGCAAGGAGCGUGCCCGAGAAAGAUCUAACGGUGGUGACUCUGAGCGUCACGCAGCUUGGAGCUUCAGGAUAAUCCCAAGCCCUCUGCAUGUGAACCCUGCUUUCACAGGUGCAGUGGCCAGCACAGAGGUCAAGCAGAAACUCCAGGAGUUUCUCUUGAGUAAAUCUACCAAGGACCCGGGCGCCAACGGUGUCAGUCACCCCCUGGGCCACCACCCCAAACUCUGGUACACAGCUGCCCAUCACACCUCCCUUGAUCAGAGUUCACCCCCCCUGGGCGGGACAUCCCCCACCUACAAGUACACCCUCCCCUCAUCUCUGGACAACAGGAAUGACUUUCCUCUGAGAAAGACAGCCUCUGAGCCCAACCUGAAAGUGCGGUCGCGGUUGAAACAGAAGGUGGCAGAGAGAAGGAGCAGCCCCCUGAUGAGGAGAAAAGAUGGAAGUGUCAUCACACCCUUCAAAAAGAGGACACUCGAGUUCAUAGACUCCACGGUCAGUAGCAGUGCUCCAGGAUCGGGUCCCAGCUCCCCUAAUGGAGCGUCCAGUGCCCUGGGAGCUGAAAACGGACCCUCCUCCCUGCCGACCACCACUCAAACUGAGCGCUGGCCCACACAUCAGAGAGUACUGAAGCCUGAAGAGUCGAUGACCUUGCUGAGUCUCUACACAUCUCCUUCCUUGCCCAAUAUCACCUUGGGCCUCCCGGCUGUAUCUUCCUCCAUAAAUGCUGCUAUGGCACUGAAAGAGAAGCAGGGAGAUGGCAGGAGUGUGACGGCAGCAAGGCCGGCUCUGCCCAGUCACUUCCUCGGCACUGUGCCCCUUCAACCUGGCCUGGCCCCUGUCGCCCUGGAGACCAAGGUCAACAGCAGUCACCAGGCUCUCCUGCAGCACCUCCUCUUGAAGGAGCAGAUGAGGCAGCAGAAGAUUCUCUCCACUGGCCCAGGCAGCACCCCCGUCCUUCCUCAGUCCCCCUUAGCCAUGAAAGAGCGACCGGCCUCAAGCGUGCGCCACAAACUCCCCCGACACCGGCCCCUGAACCGGACCCAGUCAGCACCUCUCCCUCAGAGCACGCUGGCCCAGCUGGUCAUCCAGCAGCAACACCAGCACUUCCUGGAGAAACAGAAACAGUACCAGCAGCAGGUCCACAUCAAUAAGAUGCUGUCAAAGUCCAUUGAACAGCUACGCCAGCCCAAUGCUCACCCACAGGAGUCUGAGGAAGAGGACACUAAGGAGCAGCCUAUGCAGGAGGACAGGGUGCCCCCUAGUGGUGUCAUCCGGAAUGGGAGCCAGAACAACAGCAGCAGCAGCAGCAUCAGCAGCAUCAGCAGCAGCAGCAGCAGCAGCUCUGAUGGAGAACUCCCUGGGUCACACCUGGGGGUCAUCAAGGUCAAAGAGGAGCCGCCUGACAGUGAAGACGAGGGCCUGGCCAAUCAGAGCAAAGCAGCCACGCAGAGCACCUACCUGCACCAGGAGCCAGGGUGCAUCCAGCAGUUCCGCUGGUACCAGGCUCAGCUGGUGACUGUCAUGGCUACCCGAGUUGAGGCAAAACCCCUGCCGGGUGCCAGGGUCCAGCCGCCUCCGCUGGACUCUCCCCCUCGGCAGCACACAUUGCUCGGGCAGGCCGGCGCGUCUGCCCACUCCACUGGCCUGGUGUAUGAUGCUGGAAUGCUGAAGCACCAGUGUGUGUGUGAUAACUACGCUAAUCACCUGGAGCAUGCAGGCCGUGUCCAGAGUAUCUGGGCCCGCUUGCAGGACUGUGGCCUGGUGGACUGCUGUGAGCGCAUCCUUGGCCGUAAAGCUAGUCUGGAGGAAGUCCGAUUGGUCCAUUCUGAGCGCCACACUCUCCUGUACGGAACAAACCCACUGAACAGACAGAAACUUGACCCAAAGAAGCUGCUGGGCUCCACCCCUCAGGACAACUUCACAGUAUUGCCUUGCGGUGGAUAUGGGGUGGACAGUGACACAGUUUGGAAUGAGCUGCACUCAUCCACGUCGGCACGCACGGCUGUGGGCUGUGUCAUCGAGCUGGCGUCCAGAGUGGCCUCAGGAGGGCUGGAGAAUGGCUUUGCUGUGGUGAGACCUCCCGGCCACCAUGCAGAGGAAUCUACAGCCAUGGGGUUCUGCUUCUUCAACUCCAUUGCGAUCGCUGCAAAGUACCUGAGACAGAAGUUGAACGUCGCCCGAAUUUUAAUUGUGGACUGGGAUGUUCACCAUGGCAACGGCACACAGCAGGCCUUCUAUGCUGACCCUGCCGUCCUCUACGUCUCCCUGCAUCGCUAUGAUGAAGGGAACUUCUUCCCUGGGAGUGGAGCCCCUGAUGAGCGUGGAAGCGGCCUUGGCGAGGGCUAUAAUGUAAAUAUUGCUUGGACAGGUGGCCUGGAUCCACCCAUGGGAGACGUGGAGUACCUCGCAGCUUUCAGGACAAUAAUCAUCCCUCUUGCCCAUGAGUUUGAUCCUGACGUGGUGCUGGUGUCAGCUGGGUUUGAUGCCAUGGAAGGUCAUGAACCACCGCUGGGCGGGUACAAAGUCACAGCUAAAUGUUUCAGUCAUCUGACCCGGCAGCUGAUGCAAGUGGCCCGGGGACGUGUGGUCCUGGCACUGGAAGGGGGACAUGACCUGGGUGCCAUAUGCGAUGCGUCAGAGGCCUGCGUCAACGCGCUGCUGGGAAAUGAGCUGGAGCCCCUCUCUGAGGACGUUCUCCACGCAAAACCGAACGCAAACGGCGUGACCUCCAUUACGAAAACCAUCCAAGUUCACAGUAAGCACUGGAAAUGCCUAAAAAGGUAUUCCCCUACUGUUGACCUAUCACUUGCCGAGGCCUUGAGUCAGGAGAAGGAUGAGACAGAAGCUGUCAGAGCAAUGUCACUGCUCUCGGUCGAUGUGAACCUUUCAUCAAAACCAGAAGAAGUCAGGGCUGCCCCUGAGCCAAUGGACGAGGAGCCAGUUCUGUGAAGUGCCAAGUCUUCCCAGCCAUUUCCUGUCUGUGACAUCAUUGUGUAUCCCCAGAAGGCACCCUGAUCCGUGUCUUGUCUACUGCCUGGGUGGCGCACAUCGCACGGAACGUAAACACGGGGCGCAGGACUCAUUUCACUUGUUCCUUGAACACAUAUGAAAGCAGAACUCUGGCUCUCGUCAUUUUUUGGGAUGCUAUUUCAAGCGCAGAGUCGCUCUCGAUUAGGAAUAUGUCUUUCAUCGUGGUGAAAUGCUGACACAUGGCUCCAGAUAUUUUGUUUCAUAUGUUUGUUUUUUUAAGUAUACAAAACACCUUUUCAAAUUUUCAGAUCAUUUUAGAUAUCAUGGAGGCACUUUCUCCAAUUUUUUUCUUAUGAAAGCAUUUUGAAAGAGCAUGCUAGUCUUUUGUAACUACAAAGUGAUGGAGGUGACUUACUAUUUUUCUAGUUACAUUUGUACUCACACAAAAAUAUCUAGCCAAGAGGGCCUUCACUGGGCAGGAAAUUAUACGCCAUGCUUAUAACCAUUUAUCCUUGGAUGCCAAUGGGGUUUUCAAGAUCUAAACUAGCCAACUCCAUAAUUGUGAGUAACACAACAAUCAAUGAAGUGCUAUUUCUUCAGGAGUGACACAUGAACGAUUUCCCCUCAAUGAAAGCAAUUAUGUUGAAGAUUCUCCAACAGUUCCAAUGCCUCUUUAAAAACUAACAUAACUAUGAAGAAGGCUGUUUAAUGGCAUUGAAAUGGUUCUAAUUUACAAUGUUCCUGUGUUUGUUACGCAGCCGCCUCGCCACCCCCAAACCUCCCCCCACCCCCAAGCAGCUUGAAAGCGGCACGUUGAACCCGAAACAGAAGAGCAUCGCAUGCCUGUUCACAAAUCUGAAGGGAGCCAUAACUAGAACAAGCUUUGCUCAAAGGUUACGACGAUAUGAAAGAUCAAACAAUGUGGUUCCAGUUAGGGCGAACGGAGACCGGUAAAUCAAAGAUGAAAAGAUCUCACUCAAAUAAAAUUAUAGAUUUCUCUUUUGUCAUCAGCACAGGCAGUAUUUUUUUGGCAUGUGGGCAUGCCGCAGGGUCAGUUGUUGCAUUUCAUAAAGCGCAACUCCUCAGAUAAUUGAAUGAUGAAAUGUGAAACCAGUGAGGAAGACAUAGGAUGGGGCAUAUAUGAUCAUGUGUCCGUACAAUUUUUCUUUUGGGGGGGUGGGGGGUGUUGGGAUUGGCCUUAUUUAUCCAAAGUCUAUACUAUAUUCUCCAAGUAGAACCUUUGAAGAAUAAGAUAAAAGCUGCAAUAGAAUCUAUGUAGGCCUACCAACUGAAAAGACAGGAGAUGAUGAAAACAUAGGAGAGCUGGUUGCAGUAAAGAAGAAGGGUUGAAAUUCCAUGAAAUUAUGAGUAGCUACAGCCCAUGUUCUGUUUUACAUUUUUAAUGAAGAAAUUAUAUACAUGUUCCUUUUUAUUCAAAUGUAAACAGUUUUUAACAAUAUAACAUUAAGUAAAAACUGAACAAUAGGAAUUUCUUCAGUGGGUUACACAUUCAUAACAAACAUUUUAGUUACAGUAACUCCAAGACUACUCUUUUUUCUUUUCCUUCCAUGAUGGUAUAUUUCAGAUGUGACUAGUUCACUUUGAAGGAAUGAAGCUCUGUUCGGCAUUAGUUUGUCCCUGAAAGUGAUUUUAUUAGCGUGCACUGUCAGAGAUUUGGUAGUGCAUUGUGAUCGAGUCCAAAAGAAGUAAAAACUGGCAACUCACACAUUACAGCUAAGUCUACGAGGUAAACCUAGCUGCGGUACAUCUGCAGUUAGCUUGACAAAUCACCUAUACGAGUACUGGAAGUAACCAGAGGGUGUGUGAUGGCUUGUCAGGUGCAGUACCUGACUGUCAUUUUCAUUCUAUGAAAAGUUGUCCGCGUUUCUUUAAGAGUGAGCGUGAGGGGGGCUGGUGUGGUCACUGGUGGCAUUUGUUAAACGUUUUGAAGGAGAAUGGGGUUCAUCUGGUGUUUUCAUUUUUGCCACUGGAGUGGUAAAAUGCCACCACUGCACAUUAUAGUACAUGCACUACUAUCAUUACCUGAACACAGCAUCUUGGGCAAUAGCGCUGCUACACCAAUGCCUUGAAGGCUCUGUGGUGUUCAGUAGAGCCUCCACCUGCCUCAACAAUUUCAUUCAUAUGGAUACCAACUGUUAGCAGUGUGACACAGUGGUUGAGGUGGUUGGGGUAUGAACUUGUAAGCAGAAAUUUGCACAUCAAAAUUAUGGAUGUGUCACAUUUUGUAUCAUUGAGCUAUCCUCUUAAAUUCAGGGUUUCCAGAACUUUCCUGGAAAACAAGGUAUACAUUUGUCCAGUUUCCCUGAUGUUCCUUGAAUGUUAUUUUUAAGUCAUUUCAAAAAAACAUUAUAGGAAUGGUCUCAUAUUGUCCAUAUUCAUGUCAAUUUUACUGAAACAUUUGCUAAACAAAUGUUCAACAAAUCAAUAUUUUUUUUUAAAUACUGAAAAGGUUAGACACAUCCCUCCCUGAGGAGUAAUUUUUAUUAUGUGAAACGGCCAGGGGAAAUUACCAGUAAAUAUGUAUGUAACAUGCAUCAAACAUUUCUCUGAGACCAUUUUAUAAAAAAUAAAGACUGCUUGAGGAAAGCUCACCUGAUAAAAUUAUCUAACAACCAAAUAUGAAUCUAACUGGGUUCUAACUUCCCCAUUUUUCUUGAGAGGUUACCUUUUAGCUGGAAAGGUACUUAAUUUGAAUUGGUACAGCACAUAUCCAAUUGUAUAAAUGGACGGUGACUGAGAAGGGCCAUGAAGGAGGUUGUUAACGGUUUUCUGUUAGCACCUUAUUUAAUUACUAAAAGAUUAGUAUUACAAUAAUAAUAUUAAUCAUUGUAAUCAAUCAGUCUAUCCACUAUAUCCUUUCUCCUUAGUUUAAGAAAUUAAAUUUAAUCAAGAAUUGCUGUUUUUUCCAGUCACAUAAUUCUUCCUUACACAUCAUCAUAUGUUUAAGGAUUCCAGAAAUUUUAUGUGAACGACAAAGCACUGAACUCUUUGGACUGAAUGCCCCUUCCUAGCAUCUAAGAUAACAUAGAGGAAGAAUACAUUGGAGGACUUUAAGUGCUAAUCACAAUGGACCAGGACAUCUUUGCAUAUUUGCCAGUGUAAAUCCAUAUACAGGUCAUUUUUGGUACAAAGAGAUAUAAAUUACUGUGAUAUAUCUGAAUAUUUGUGAUAGACUAUCUGCCUAUCUGUGUACAACAACUUUACCAAAAUAAUCUAUUGUAACUGAUGCAGAUAGUCCAUAGAUACCUGCGUUGUCUGGCAAAGAGUAUUACAUCUUUUUAAAUAAACACUAUUAUUGGUGGUUCUACUAUAAAAUGUGUGACUGUCCAAUUGCAAACUUGCUUUAAAGAAAAUCGGCAGAUCGUUCCUUUCAUGUCAUAGUAGUUCAAAUGUAAUCAUAAUGAUUGUUCUAAUUUGCACUCAAAUGAUAAACCAAAGGGACAGUGGAUGUAUUAUGCUUUAUAAGGUGAUGGGUUCCAAUAGUCAAAUACAUAAGUCAAUGAAAACUAAAAGAAAACAGUUCAGGGAAAAGACAACAGCAGUUUCAUCAUUGGCUAAUUUACCUGAAAACUGCACACAGUCAAAUUGAUCAUUUCUGUGUGACAUCACUGUUUAUUUGUUGCUACUUUCCAAGCAAAGAGCCAAAUGAAGCUCUCCAGGGUAAACUGGACACAUCUGUUCCAAAUAAGAGUCAACCAAUAGGAGGAAUUCAUGAAUAAUUCAUUAUAAUUUUGUUUUUGGUUUAGAUGCCUCCGAGUUGGUAUAAGUGCUUUGAGACUUUGAGAAGACAGUUCGUUCUAUAGGGUUGCAAAACACAUAUUCCAGAAUAUAAAAUUGCAUUAUGAAGUAAAACAUCUGGUUAUACCUGCUAUGAUUUCAAUUGCAGUAUAUUUGCCAAAACAUCUUCAUGUAUGUUCCAAAUUAUUAAUGUGUAUUUGUUCAGAGCAUCUUUAUCAUUAACUGUAUGUUGAAAACCAUCAAUUCAUAUGACUUCUUUGCCCUCUGAAUGUAUGAACAAAAAGGAGACGUUUUUGCACUUUGACCAAAGCAUUGAGUAACAAACUCAUGUUGCCAAAAGUAAUUAUCAAUUAGAGUGUGUUAAAUGCAAGACUGCAGUUGGAUCAAAUGCUUUCAAAGUACAUUACAGUUCAUGGGGCUCCCCUUGAAUUACAGUAGGAUAACCUAUAGGAACAUAUUUCUUAUCUAGAAACAAUUAGCUUAGUCAGUUUCCAUUCUGACAGGAUUGGCUCUUACUAUCAUAUUCUGUGUCUAUGCACAGUCUGUCUAUCCAUCCAUCCAUUAUCUAUACCCGCUUAUCCUGGUCAGGGUCAGGGGGGGUGCUAGAGCCUAUCCCAGUCUGCAUUGGGUGAGAGGCAGGAAACAGACUGUCUAUCAAACUAUAUUUAAUUAUAUCUUCAAAUAAAGCAAAUGCAUAUAGUCAAGGAGGAGCCCAAUAUUUAUAAGCCUGCCUUGAGUUAUAGGGAUCUUAUGAAGAUAUGGAGAGAGGUUCACCCUAUACAAAGUCAUAAAGUGUAUUUCUGUAUCUGGUUGGGAGGUGCCAGGUUGUAUCUAACCCCAUCAUGCAAGGUCCUGAACUAGAAAUUACAAGACUUAAAAGGUCUUACCAUUUUUGUUUAUAACUUAUGAAACAUUAGGCAUUUUGUGUUUGGUGAACACUGGAAUUAAUAAAUUUUAAAUAAGAACCUUAGACACCUGGAUGAAAUUAAGGCCAAAGUACAUUUUAGUAAUAUUCAGUCUUUCCCUGAGAGUAGUUUUUCCCUAGAUGGGUCCAGACUACUGCUAGCAAUAAUGCAACAAAUCAUAGGCUGGAUUCAAUUGUUAACUUUAUUUUACUAAUUUAUGCAUAUAUGGCAUCACUUUAUUGAAGGCCAGUUUGAUGAUUUAAUCCUACUGAUCACAGAAUUUAGCAAACUAGUUUGGGGAAGAAAAAACAGAGACGUGCGUUCUGGCUCUGAGUCAAAGUUCAAGAUAUUGACUGAAUCCAGGCCAAAAUAAUUUUUCUAACUAUUUGGUGGCUUUUCAGACAUGUGUGUGUGUUAUCAGAAUAAUCUGAAUGGCCCUUCUUUUGAGACUGAAAAGUUGAAAGGCCUACAAUUGGCAAGCAGGAAACGUUAUUAGGUCAAAUGCCUCUUUAGUGGGGGAACUUUUUGCAGUUUUCCCUUUUCAUUUUCCAAAAUCCUUUUUCUUGUCCGAUUAUUACAUUAUUAUGUUACUUUCACUGUACUGAAAACCUGUUUAGAAUAAUAUGAUCAACCAUGCUAUCCCUAUUUACAUUGAGAUGCAGUAAAGAACAAUAAACAACUUUUUUUUAAAGAUAUUCUUGUAAAAGUGAAACUAUGUAGAUAAACAGUCUAUAUGUGUAAAUAAUACCAAUGUAAUUAUAAUGGAGUGGUGUGUUUUGUUGUACUCAAUGCUAACUUUCCACUUAUUCACUGUCUAUCAUAGCCUGUUGUUCUCUCUUGUGAGUGUUUGACUUUUGGCUACAUUGUAAUAAAUCAGCUUUGGUCUGAAAAAAGAUUAUUAUCCACUAAUGAAAA